GGUAUGAUGAUAACCGUACAGUCGAGCAUUACUACUAUAACGUAGGUGGUUGGAACUAAACUACGUUAUGCUAUGAUGAAUUUAUGCUUUUGGCAGCUCCACACGUUUCAUAAGGUGCUGUCCCCUCCCCACCACGAUACAACUUAUCCUCUGCCGCCCGACUCUACAUCCACCGCAUCGCCCGUUACAGCUCUAAACAAUAUCCAUGACACUUUCUUCCUUCACCGUGAUUCUACAAGGACAAAGUCGAAUGCACGAUUUACCGUGAACCACUCCGAUCAUCGUCCCCGGUGAUCAUGCCUAUGUUUCAUGAUCCGGGUGAUCUGACUCACCCGGAUCCACCGCCAUCCUCUGCAAUGCCCGACUCCAUCUGGCGGCCUAGCCCGCAAAGACCCUCUGCAGAAACGAUGCGGGCAGGAAAUCUAGAGAAAUCGAUCCAGUCAGUAGUCAUGGACACCGGUAUCCCGCCGGAUGAAAGCCAAGUUGAACCGAAUCGCCCUGGCCUAGAGACGACGGACCGCCGAGAAUUGAUUCGGCGGAUCAAGCGGGGAGAAAGUCCAACUUGGAUUCCCAAUAAUCCACUCCAGGAUUACCUGCGAGAUUCCACAAAACCGGACAAUGAAUCCAACAAUCGACCCAAUCCCCCGGUAUUGAGUACCUCACCGACAGAUGAUUAUGGAGAACCUGCCGCCCCGGAAAGUGAAAAGGUCAAAGAACUAAAUGGGGAGCGCUUGGGGUUGCCUGCAGAAAUCCAAAGGCCUAGAUCGGCGCUCCAUUCGGGAGAUUUCACUCAGCAGCCGCCCGCAACGGAGACGGGGUUACCGGCCCUUCACACUCCAGAGCAUCAAAGCAACCAUGAACCUGAACACGCUUCAAAGAUUCUCCAAAGACCACCUUGGCCUGAGAUUGCAUUUCCCCACCAUCCGGUGCCUAAUUUCCAGGACGAUCCCCGCUUCCCACCACCACAACCAAUUUCAUCAUCGCCUGAUGCAUCAUUUCCACGACUCGGUAUCCCAUCACUCUCUUCCUUUUCCUCCGGUUUCAUCCUCAAAACCCCUACAAGUCCUCUCGUGCAGCAGUCGAACAAUACCGACCUUGAUUUCUCAGCAAAGACCAAACCCAUAGAGAUCUCUCCGACCUCCAAAAAGGGCGACAGACGUCAUACGAUGCCCCCACAUGCGCGCUAUUCUCUCCAAGCCUCCCCCGAUUUGCACGCGACCAAGACACACGCAGCACGGUUCAAUCCGUCCCUACGAAGAGAAGGAACCUUUCCUUAUCAAGCACAUCAGCCUCGACGAUCCAUCUCCAACCAGGUGACCCUUCAACCAGCUAGUACAAGUCAUUCUCCUUCAUUUUUGCGGGUUCGCCGUCCCUCUCUCUCGUCUGAUACGUAUCCGCUCCACCAUGCGCCAAUGGUAGGAUCCUACGAAGAGUCCAUUCUGCACGGCCGCAUGUCAACGACCCCUUCAAGGCCCCUGAACUUUGUGGCCCAGAUAGGGGUGCUCGGAAAGGGCAAUUGCAAGGCAAACCUCCGAUGCCCUCCACACGUGUCUGUUCCAUUUCCGGCAGUAUUUUAUAGUUAUGGAGCUGGUAGUGCACGAACAAGCUCAUCAGCAGAGGACGGCCCUAGUCCUUAUGUGGGCCUAAUCGAUCUCGAAAAUCACCUACCGUCCUCAGAAGAAGCCUCGGAGGUAAAGAAGAAGAAACAACUGCACGAGCGUGCUCUUCAGAUGAAUCGGGUUGAGCCCAGCGCCUUCCAUGAUCACAAAGAAGCACCCGGCUGUAUUGCAAUGGUAGACCCAACGGACCGUCGGCGCAAAGAAAAGAAAGGUCGCAGGUCCACUUCACCAAAAGCCCCUCCGGGCGGAAGCUACCGUAUCCCUCAACAAGGCCAGCUUCAGAUCGUCAUCAAAAACCCGAACAAGACCGCCGUCAAGCUCUUCCUAGUGCCCUACGAUCUUUCAGGAAUGGAGCCAGGAACCAAAACAUUUGUCCGCCAACGGAGUUAUUCGGCCGGCCCAAUCAUCGAAAAGCCAGUGACGUCUCGACCAGACUUGCCUCAGACUCCUGGGCCAGGAGACAAGCCUACACUCCGUUAUAUGAUUCAUCUGCACAUCUGCUGCCCUUCUAAAGGUCGCUUCUAUCUCUACAAGAGCAUCAGGGUCGUAUUUGCAAAUCGGGUACCAGACGGUAAAGAGAGGCUCCUCAAUGACAUCCAAGUCCCCGAACCAAAAUACAGUUCGUAUAAACCACGCCGAGAGUCUACCCUAUUAAAUAGUCCUCAUGGCACAACCCAUGCCCUUGGCUCAGAAAGAUCGGCAUGGAGGAGGAGUGUCGGCGCCCACAAUCCAAGCGCAUUCCACUCAUCUGAGCGAAUGCCGCCAUUCUUCCACUUUCCUCCCCACGACUCCAUGGGACACAACAACGCCUUUCACCAUCCCGAGUAUGCCAGUAUCUCGCCUACACAGCCUGCGCCAGUCGAGUCCAUUCGACCGCUCAGCUGGAUGUCCCCCCAUCUUCUCAGCGCCACUGACCACGUAAACGUCCAGGCCAGUAGCCAUGAUCAAGAUUCCUUGGCGUCUAGCUACCAUCCUUCAAGACUACCACUUUCCCCGGCCCAGCCUAUGGAUUUUGGUCAUGAUACUGCCAGCCCGAGCCUCUGGAACGACCGCCAUGCCAAUGAUCUCACUAUCAACGAUGUCGACAAUGACUAUGGUAAACUGGACAAACACCAUCCCAGCUACGGCAACAAUCGCUUCUCUCCUUCUGCUGCUCCCUUUGGCAGCGACUCGUCGCCCGGUGAAAGCCUCCUUGCUCGGAAACUUCGAGACUUGGGCAUGCGACGAGCUUCCGAGGAUGAAGAUGAUAGGUCUAUACUGUAAACAGCCAAAAUAGUACCUUCCAGUCCCAAGUUCCUCAAACCAAGGCUGUCUGCUCUCUCAUGCUCGGACCCUUUCUUAGCGAUACGAUUGUUACUUUUCAGCAUUUCUGUUAACUAUUGAGCAUUUAUCGGUGCCAGGGUAUUCAACGGCGACGGGAUUUACGGCGGUGCCAAAGGUUGGAUGAAAUUGGAUGAUAUCAUUUUUUUGUUUCCUUUUUUCAAAUGUUCCAUUCCUUCUUUCAUUUUCGUUUUGCACAAGGUCUAGUGGACAGUUUGUUUUAUUUUGGAAAUCUCCCCUUGGAGGAAAUUGAAUCACCAUAUGGGACAUACUUUUUUUAUUAUACGUGUGGCCGACGGCCGAUCUAGCUAACUGCGGCUAUAUAUAUAUAUAAUGAAAUAUACGUGACUUAUCUUCAUGGCUCGCGUUAGGUGC